UGCGGUCCGUGGACAAAAGACUCCGGAGGAUCGGCGGCGGGAACAAGAAGUGGAUUUGUGAAAGGGAACCUCAAACUGGUUCAGUUCAUCAGUACCCGAGUGCGAUUCACUCAACCUUCUCACCUGAUGGCCCACCAGCAAGUUCUCGCUGUGGAGAAACCAUUUGUCUGUCCCGAUUGUGGGAAAGGAUUCACUCAAGCAAACAACCUGAAGAAACACCAGCAAAUUCACACCGGAGAGAGGCCGUUCGUCUGUUCUGAGUGCGGGAAGGGAUUCAUUCACCCAUCUCAGCUGCUGAUACACCAGCGAGUGCACACCGGAGAGAGGCCAUUCAUCUGUUCUGAGUGCGGGAAGGGAUUCAUUCAAUCAUCUGAGCUGCGGAUACACCAGCGAGUUCACACCGGGGAGAGGCCAUUCACCUGCUCAGAGUGUGGGAAUGGAUUCACUAAGUCUUCCAGUCUGGUGAUCCACCAACGGAUUCAUACUGGAAAUAAACCAUUUGCCUGUCCCGAUUGUGGGAAAGCAUUCACUCAAGCUGGCCAUCUGAGGAGGCACCAGCUAAUUCACACCGGGGAGAAGCCCUACACCUGCUCUGAAUGUGGGAAGGGAUUUACUCGUUUCUCCUACAUGAUAACACAUCAGCAAAGUCACAGCGGUGAGAGGCCAUUCACUUGCUCUGAUUGUGGGAAGGGUUUUAUUUCUGCCGCUGUCUUAAUGAAACACCAGCUAAUUCACACAGGGGAGAGGCCAUUCACCUGCUCUGAAUGCGGGAAGGGGUUCACUGAAUCGUAUAUGUUAGUGAGACACCAGAGAAUGCACACCGAGGAGAGGCCGCUUACCUGUUUUGAGUGUGGGAAAGGAUUUAUAUAUUUAUCUCAGCUACAGUCACAUCAGCGAAUUCACACUGGGGUGAGGCCGUUCACUUGUUCUGUGUGUGGGAAGGGAUUCACUGGGUUGUUGCACCUUCAAAGACAUGAGCGAGUUCACACUGGAAAGAAACCAUUUGCCUGUCGUGAUUGUGGGAAGGCAUUCACUCAAUCUAGCCAUCUGAUGAGGCACCAGAAAAUUCAUACUGGGGAGAGGCCGCACACCUGUUCUGAGUGCGGGAAGGGAUUCAUUCAAUCAUCUGAGCUGCGGAUACACCAGCGAGUUCACACCGGGGAGAGGCCGUUCACCUGCUCAGAGUGUGGGAUUGGAUUCACUAAGUCUUCCAGUCUGGUGAUCCACCAACGGAUUCACACUGGAAAUAAACCAUUUGCCUGUCCCGAUUGUGGGAAAGCAUUCACUCAAGUUGGCCAUCUGAGGAGGCACCAGCUAAUCCACACCGGGGAGAGGCCGUACACCUGCUCUGAGUGUGGGAAGGGAUUUACUCAGUUGUCCUCCAUGAUAACACAUCAGCAAAGUCACAGCGGUGAGAGGCCAUUCACUUGCUCUGAUUGUGGGAAGGGUUUCAUUUCUGCCGCUGCCUUAAUGAGACAUCAGCGAAUUCACACAGGGGAGAGGCCAUUCACCUGCUCUGAAUGCGGGAAGGGGUUCACUGAAUCGCACAUGUUAGUGAAACACCAGAGAAUACACACCGGGGAGAGGCCGUCUGCCUGUUUCGAGUGUGGGAAGGGAUUUAUACGUUUAUCUCAGCUACAGUCACACCUGCGAAUUCAUACUGGGGAGAGGCCGUUCACUUGUUCUGUGUGUGGGAAGGGAUUCACUGUGGUGUCCGACCUUAAAAGACAUGAGCGAGUUCACACUGGAAAGAAACCAUUUGUUGUCCCGAUUGUGGGAAGGCAUUCACUCAAUCUAGCCAUCUGAUGAGGCACCAGCUAAUUCAUACUUGGAAGAGGCCGUCCACUUGUUCUGUGUGUGAGAAGGGAUUUAGUCAACUACAUGAGCAACAAUCACACUAGCAAAUUCACACUGGGGAGAGGCCGUUCACUUGUUCUGUGUGUGGGAAGGGAUUCACUAACUACCAAUUUGGUAGCCCCCCCAACGGGUGCACACUGGGGAGAAACCGUUCAUCUGUCCUACCUGUGAAAAGGGGUUCACUCAGUUACACUCCUUAGUAAAACACCACUGUGGAGAAAGUUUAAAUGAGCUGUCUGUUCACUGUUUCACUGCAAGAACACAAUUGUCUGUUGGUGUUCGACUCUCUGGUUUCUGAAACUGCUCAUCACAUCCAGGGCUGAGCCCUGGUGACUGUUAUGGCUUGUUUUGCUUAUGUUAAGAAUUGCUAGAGCUGAGCUUGGGGUUAAUAUUCUGGGUCUGUGACAAAUAAAUGAGUUAUGUUGUAAACCAU